UCCACGUGCCGGUGCUUCCCGGUCGGCAGGAUCUUCAGCAUCUGGCACAGUUCCUGUUGAGCUCCGUCAGGUUGAUCGGGGAUGGCCGCCACCAGUGAGAGCAUGCAGAGGGCUGGGUCGGCUGUCUGUGAGCCCGCAGAGGAGAAGGCUGUGCUGGUGCAGGCUCCCGCCCGGCUGCUGAGCCCCGCGGCUGUAAGGCUCGGGCUCGCGCCUUCCCAGGGCCGGCACGGACCGAGCGCCCUGAAGACGAGAGAAAACCCAGCGAUGUCUUUGCCUCGCCCAGCCCGCCCGUCCCCAGAGCCAGCAGUGGUGCAGGACGCGUGGCUGGCAGACUUCGUUGCGGGGUACCAGAAGGGCGCAGUUCACCCGGUGUCAGCCCUGCACUGCUUUGCACAGAGGUACAGCAUGCAGCUGGAUUUUAAAGAGACCGGUGUGGCAGGACACGCCGUAAGUCCUUAUUUUGGCAUUAGUGCUGUGUUGGAUGGUGUUUACUACAAGACUGGAUUAGGAAGAAACAAGAAGGAGUCUAAGCAGAAUGCAGCUAAAUUGGCUCUUGAUGAGCUACUGAAGUUGGAGUAUAUGGUGGCACCAGCUUCUGGAAAGUCAAGUCCUCCCCGUAUUCUGGUUGAGCCUAAAACUCCAGCAAGCUCUAUUGAUGUUUCACGGAUCAGUUUUGAAGGACGACACCAUAUAUAUCAGAAAUUUUCGCAGACAGUUGAAGGAGUGUUUAACAGCCUGACUGCUGAAAAUCCUGAGUACCAAAGCUGUGGCAGUUCACUGGCUGCCUUCAUCAUUGAGAAAGGUGGAGAGCAUAAAGUCGUAGCUCUAGGAACAGGAGACUGUAAUUACAGCAAUGAUUAUUCACCUGAGGGAAGAGUGGUGCACGACAGCCAUGCCAUCGUUACUGCACGACGUUCUCUUCUCCGAUAUUUUUAUCGACAUCUUUUGCUGUUCUAUAAUGAAAAUCCAGCACACAGAGAGCAAUCCCUGUUUUGCACAGCACCUGACUCGAAGCUGCUUACCCUAAAGCGGAAUAUAAAUAUCUAUCUCUAUAUGAAUCAGCUGCCAAAAGGAUCUGCUCAGAUAAAAACACAGUUAUGUCUUAAUCCACAUUCUCUGACUGCUUGCCAAGCUGCUGAAGAGCUGUGUCUCCAUGUUGCUAUAGAAGGCAAAGUUUAUCUUUCUCUUUCUUGUCCUUCUAAAACUGUGAGAGUAAUCAGUAUGUCAGCUAGUGACAAGUUAACAAAAUGGGAAGUGGUUGGUGUUCAGGGAGCGCUGCUGAGUUACUUCAUUGAACCAGUGUAUAUCAACACUAUUCUUGUAGGAAAUGGAAAUUGCAGGAGUUUGAAGGGGUUAGAAAUAGCUAUAAGACAACGUAUUGACGAUGCGCUCACAGCAAAGCUUCCAGUGCUUUACGUGGUCAACAGGUCGUUUACUUACUUGGUGAACACCGUACAACCAAUUCAAGUGGAUGUGAAACAGAGGUCUCUCAGUUUGAAUUGGAUGUUGUCAGAUGUGCAGCUGGAAGUUGUGGAUGGGCUAAAGGGAAAAGUCACUGAAAGUUCGCCGUUUAAAAGUGGCUCUUCCAUGGCAAGCCGACUUUGUAAGGCAGCAAUGCUGAGUCGUUUCAAAUGCCUGGCUGGGCGAGCAAAACGAACUGACCUGCUUCAGGUUGCUACGUACCAUGAAGCUAAGGUCAAGUCUAAUUUGUAUCAGGAAGCUAAAAAGUUGCUGCACAGCUACUUAGAGCAACAUGGUUAUGGAUCCUGGAUUGUGAAGUCUCCGCAUAUUGAACAGUUCACUGAAUGAUUGCAAGAUGGAUUGUAUGUGGAGUCUGUUUUCUUUUGGUAAAAUGAGAUACUAAGUAGUAGAAAGUUCAGCUGUUAGUCAAGUGUUUAACUGUUGGGUUCAUGUUCGCGGUGAGAAAAUUGUUGAGCAUAUGUGUCCAACCUGCUAGUUUUAUAAUUUUGUUGCCCACUUUUUUUUUCUUGUUUAAUAAAAAACGCAGUUUUGUUACUUACGUUUACUAUGUUAUGUAUCUUACAUGCAACAAGAAAGUUGAUUUUUUUUCACACUGUGACCCAGGCAAGAUAAAAGGUUGGACACCCGCUGCAUCUGCACGUUGUAGAGCUUCCUACUUACUUGUAGUUAUUAAACUGGCUGUAACAGUGAAGUUUUUUCACAGGUAGGAGUAUGUAGCAGCGUUGCAUGUCUGUUUGGUUUUGCCUUCCAGCAUCACCUCAUUCCCUCCCUACACUACAGAGUCACUUAUGUGCUUAAGUUCCUGCUAGUUGACUGUGCCUCAAACUUUUUGUAUGCCUUUUUCAUAACUCUUUUUUGGGGGGAAAUUAGUAAAAGUAGGAUUUCUGUAAUAAAUAGAUAAUGAUUCCUGUGUAUUACUUUUGGAAAGCAGUAUUGACUGUGUGUGCUCUAGCUGGAGGUGUCUUCUGUUAGAUACGAUUUUUGUUUAGCAUGGAUUCAUCACAUGGCUUGUAAUUCACUACGUGCUGUUUGUGGUCUUUGUAUUUCAAAAAGUGAAACUGAAUUAUCAAGCUGUU